AUGCAUCUCUCAACAAUUACUGUCGUAAUUCUACUACUCUGCACGGUUGAACUGACGCGUUCGCAGGUCUCUCACAUCUACCAAUCUGACACGUAUGGACCUGUUGGACAGCGACGGUGUUACCGACCCACGAGGAUCGAAAUUCCAGAGUGCAAAAACCGAUUCUACAACUUUACUGCUUUCCCCAACUUGGUGGGACAAGAGACGCAAAUGGACGCUCGCCAUCAACUCCAGACGUUCAAACCGCUCAUCACCUAUAAGUGCUCAAAUCACUUGGCGUUCUUCCUUUGCUCCGUCUACGCGCCAAUGUGUGACGUGAACACCAAUCACCUUAUAGGGCCCUGCAAGCCGUUGUGUGAGCGAGUUCGUAAAAGGUGCUCCCCCGUUCUCAAGAUUUUCAACUUCGACUGGCCCGCCAACCUAAACUGCUCACGCUUUCCCGAAAAGAAUACGGUUGGUGGCACGAUGUGCAUGGAAGGCCCGGAUGUUCCUGAAGAUUUUAACGAGUCCUCCGGCAAGACCAGCGGGGUGGAUUCCAUCUCGAACGAGGAGAUUGUUCAGUCGCCGGUCAGGGCCGAAUCUCAACCCAACGAGGGCGCACAGCGGACAGACCAAUCAGUGGACGGGUUGCUUCGUCAUUUGGAAGACCUUCCAGAAGGCAUAGGUGAUAAAGGCAACGGCAUCGCAAAGUUGGGUCCUCACAUUCAAGCGUGGCUUGCGAGGCUUCAUCAAGACCCCCUGCCUGUCAAUCUUGGGACUGAGGAGACACCCAUAGCUUUACUCGUCUCAUCCAUCCGCUACUGUUCCCACCUCAUCAAACCAACGUCUUACGUGUUCAUCAAUCGCACUGGCAGGUGCGCGCCGCACUGCAUGGCAGACAUCCUCUUUUCACCCAAUGCUAAAACCCUUGCAACUGUCUGGACCAGUGUUAUCUCUGGUCUCUGCCUUCUUGCGACAACUUGCACACUCUUGAGCUACGCAAUCCAGCCGUCGCUGUUCCACACUUUGGAACGACCAGUCAUCUACAUAGCCGGUUGCCAACUCGCCUACGCUCUGGGAUUUGCGCUGCGACUUAAGUUAGGCAGGAAAGCCGUCACUUGUGGAAAGGACCCUGCCUCUGGCUUUGCAAUACGCCUUCAGGAAGGACUGGACAACUCCAACUGCGCCCUGGUAUUCUUAAUUCAGUACUACUUUUUCACAGCUGGAGCCCUGUGGUGGGCCAUGAUGGUGAUUGGCUGGGCUUUAAGGUCGGCCCUUCGUCUCAGAUUGGCUCGCUCAACUGCCACGGGGACAGCUGGCGGAGAUGUGUUCUCAGUGGUUAGGGAUGGCAGACGCCACUGCGGAAGCGACACGAUCACUGGCAACAUGGACGCGCUCACCGAAAAACACAGGGUCGGAGGCUCCUCAAUCCGAUUCUCACAAUUCAAUCGGAGGCUGGUUCCUACGAACAGCGUUGGCUCAAACGCUGACGCAAAUUGUCUAGCCAAAGAACACGUCGUCGCGUGGCUCACGCCUGGUCUUCUGACGGUUGGGGUGCUCGUAAGCAGGCAGGUCGACGCUGACGAGUUGCUGGGAAUCUGCAGUGUUGGCAGACAGAAUACCAAAGCGAUGCUGAUCUUCGUUCUGAUUCCGCAGAUGGUUUUUCUGGCGGUUGGCGUUUGCGCAUUCGUCUACUGCAUCGUUUGUCUAGUGAAACUGAGGCGAGCCUGGAAGCAACGUCGAAUGGCUCCAAGCACUACUCUGACCAAUUUGGAUGGGCAGUCGCGCUACCUUGUCUACCAGUCCGACCAACAGUCCGACUUUGACACAACCUUCGACACCAGCGACUUGGGCAACUCGUCGGCUAACUGUUGCUAUCGAUGCUGCUGUAGAUCUCUCGGUUGGGACAGCCUGAGCACCCGUCUGGCUUUUUUCAGUCUACUCUACGUGGUACCGGCGAUCUCGGUGUUAGCGUGUGACUUCUACGAAUACCUUUACCGUGACACAUGGCUUGCGGGGGACCCGAUGAGCGCCCUCUCACGCAUUAUUAAGACGACUCAGUCGGCGGGGAGAACUGCCAACGAGGAGAUCACUCCUGAGGUUUUCCUACUACGAACUUUCAUGUCCCUCGUGACUGGCUUCGCUACCUGCCUAUGGCUUCUGUCGGUGAAGGGAAUCGAGCCCUGGCGGCGUCUUGGACGACAGAUUGAAAACCGCUGCGCGGGUCACUGGUGCUUCUCCACGCCAAUCAAGACGCAGCAACAGCAGCAUCAACAGAUGGCUCAACUCAUGAGCGCAACUGUAGCCUCAGGAAAUGUGGCCUCAGGACGUCAGAGCCUGCCGGCAUCCUCGCAGUACAGUAAGAACAGCCACAGCAACACAUCCACCGUGCUGCAUCCAUACGCCGUCUACCAACAGCACUGCUGUCCCUCCAGCAAGCCGGCUGGCGAUGUGCCAGAUAGGUGUAACUACUCCGCGAGGCCUCCCGCUGGCCCUGGUCUCGACGCUGGGGAACAGUCUAGUGGUCUGGCUCUCUCCUCACCGACGCAAGCAUCGGGUUAUUACAGCUCAGCGACGACGAACAACAGCCUAACGUCUGGGUCCUGUCUGCCACCUCGUCCUCCUCCCAAUACUCCUCCUGGCACGGUACACGGUGAGUCGAACCCUGGAUCGUCAACUGCUGGAAGUUGGUGGAAAACAACUCAGCAGACGUCAAGUUCCGGUGCGCGAGGUCAAAAAUACCAACAACCGCACCAACCGUCUGGCUCAGGUCAGCACGCUAUAUUGUAA